GUAAAGCAACAUGGCGGACGGCAUGGAAGAUUUAAAGUUGACUGUAAACAAGGAUUUUGCGAAGAAACUCCACAAACAGAAGGAAAAAGCUGAACUCGACCAGUGUAAGUUUCUAAUAGCCUUUCUUCGAAGGCAUAAAUAUUUGAACUAUGAUGCCAGCGUUUUCUUGUAAAGCGCAUAAUCGAUAUGUAACUUGGCUGCUUGCAAGAAGCUUUCCGUGUGAGUUACGAAUUUAAAUCUCAAUAACUUGUGUUCGUUUCAGUGAAGCAGAAAUUUGGUGACAAGGAUUCAGGGAGCGAAUCCGAUUCAAGUUCAUCUGAAACAGAAGAUGAGGAUGCAAGGGUGAGUUUUGAAUUAUUCUAUUUAGGGUUCCGUUCAGUGUUUGUGAAAUACUCAUCCUUGUAGCUUGAAUACAUAAUCUGCUAAGUCCUUGAUGCUUUAACUUCCAAGAUCUGAUUCUUAAUUCUCCCCUAUGGUUGCUACACCUUUCCUUGUAAAAAAUUACGAGAAUUUGGUGUCAGGUCAACAUAACAACUUCUGCCGUAUAAGUUUGAGUAUUCUUGUUACCUGUUUUGUGGACAAUGUACAAAUACUAUAGGGAGAAGUUACAUGUAAAUCACUUGUGGGAGUUCAAGGGUGAAAAGAUACUGUUAGAAUAAAUGCCAUCUUACUGCCAUAGAGAAGUCCCUGUCAAAAAGUAAAGAUAAUGGGAAAAAAAUAUAUGAAUCGAUGUAAAGGCAGGGAUGGCCUUACAAAUAGUAUUUUCACAGUGAUUGUAAACAGAUUUCAACUGAUGUCCUUGCUGAAUGAAUUAGUAUAAAGCAGAGAAAGACAGAUGGCGGCAUCCAAUUUGUUUAAAUUUUUAAUAUAGUUAAGAAUGAGCAAUUCCUGAUACCAAGGGAAUGAAAUAUUCGUGAUACAGUGAUUAGAAACGACAGGGAGUUUGACAGAUUUGGUAGAUUGAAAAGUCACAUGCCCUUUGUUUUGCAAAAAUAGAAUUAUUGCUCAGUUCUAAAGAGAACUGAACAACUGUCAUCAUAAUGAGACAAUGAAGAUAUAUUUCACUGAACAGCUCCAAAUAUGACAAAAAAGCUAUGUUCAUGUUUAACACAGUAAAUCUGUGCAAUGAAAUUUGAAGAGUAGCAUUAAUUUUUUUUUUAUUUCAAGGAACUCACUUCACAAAAGGAAAAGGAUUUUCUGACUGUCCUAUCCAUGAUCAAGAAUAAAGACCCAAAAAUCUAUGAAAAGGAUUCCAAUUUUUACCAUGAAGAUGGUAUGGCAAAGGAUGCUUAUAAACAAAUUUGAUUCUCUUACCUAUUUCUCCAAUUUUUUUUAAAUUCAGACUUAAAGUUGGUUUUUAUUCUUAAAUAGAGAACAGUAGUUCUUCAGGAGGGAGUAGUAAAGAGCAGAAUAAACCCAAAAAGCCUAUGUAUUUAAAAGAUUUUGAAAGAAAGGAGUUAUUGGAAAGAGGAAGGUUAGUUGUUAUGAUAAAAAGAAAGUAAAACAUUUAAAACUUUUUUUUUUACCCUUUCUGUACAUUCCCCUAGCCUCUCCUCUGCCAGUUAGCUGUAACUACCUCUCACCUAUCCUAAACUGAAUUCCACAGUCAUGGUUGUUGAAUAUAAUUUUGUGUGAUACUAUUUAGUCAUAUUAUACUAUCAUGUGAAGUUUGAUAUGUGUCCUUCUUUAAGAUUAUUGUUUAGCAUCAAUAAACUUGUUGGUAUAACUUUGCUCAUGUGUCAGGCAUUUUUUUAUUGGAGUAGAGGAGUAGUGAUUACCUUAUUUGGAAAACCAGCUCAUUAAAAAAAUUUUGGGGCAGGCUUUUUAUUUUUAAUAAGAGAGUUUACCUGAUUUUGUAUUCUAGCGAGGCAUUCUUGAGUGAUGAAGAAAGUGAUGAUGAAAAAGUGCUUGAGGUGAGUUAAAUGUAAGGGUACAACACCUCUGGAUGGUAGUCUUGAGGAACUUUCAAAGUUCAAGCAGCAAAUAGAAGUUCAGGGAAAGAGAAUGAAAGCCUCUUGUAUCUUAUUGUGUGGAAAGAUAGAUGAUUGGACCAUAAAUAAACUGCACUGGUACCAAAAAGUAAUACUCUCUUGUUAAAUUUCUCGAGAGUACUCACAAAAGUACUGUGUGCUCAGUAGACAGAUACUGUCAGCUUAGUCCAGUUUCUUGAGGGGUGUGAAUGGUCUCACAAUGUUAAUGCAGUAGGUUAUUAAUUUAUCCCCAACCAUUUGGUCCAAUUGUCACACAAUAUAAUUCUGUAUUUCAGGGCAGAAGAUCUCCUACUUUUGUGGAGGAGCAAAAACAAAUAAAAGAUAGGUAAAGAUGAAUUUUGCUAGAUUACAAGUAUCUAUGCGAGCACUAAGAGCUGCCCAUAGCAACUUUUCUUGACAACUUGUUCUGCUGGUGCCAUUCAAAUCAAUUAAAAGGUAACAUAUAUGUCAGUCUUGAUGAGUUGUCAUGUUAUCUUAUAGUUUCAAGAGAGCUAUUCAGGAUGAUGGUGAAGAUGCUGAUUUUCUGAAAGUUAGAGAAAAAACUAUGGAAGAAAAGGUAACAAGAAUGUUUUCUUGUACCAUUCCCUGAUUUAAGAUAGACAGAACCUCUCAAAUACAAGACACUUGCUUUAAAGAUGUGCUUUCUGCUUGUUAGAAGGAAGCUAUAACUGACCUAAUUCACACUUAUUUAUCUAGAUGAAGGAGGAAAGAGAUUAUGUGGAAUGGUUGAAAGGACAGGAGAACAAACAAAGCACAAAGUCUGCAAUGGGUAUGGUAAGUAAAGCAUUAAAAAACAUUCAGAAUUUACUCAUCAUUGUUUAGUUUGAGUGCUGAGCUUACUCAGUUUAAAAAUUUAGUGGUGGGUAACCUGAAAGUCACAUCCCUUGUUAUUUAUAGCUUUAAUUUAUUAUUUCUCAGUGUCACUGCCUUAGAUUAUCAGCUGUUUAUUUUCUUUGGUUUCAGUCUGUGAGACAGUAUCUUGCUUUUGGAAUAAUAUUGAAUUCUUUUUCUCUCUGGUAUUUACAGCAGGCCUUACGUCAUUACUGGAAUGAUCCCAAUUUAGAUGAAGGGGAACAGUUUUUGAGAGAUUACAUUCUGGAUAGAAAUUACCUUGAGAAAGAUUCAGAGAGGUAAUAUUCAAAUUUACUUUCAUUUUUAUGUUUCUUAUUUAACCAUGAUUAAUGAUGUUCAGCUUAUUUAUUUAUCUCUUGAGUAAUUUCUCUCUUUUCUAGAAUUCCUACAUAUGAUGAGAUUGUGGGCUUUGAUGAUGAUGAGGUACAGUUAAACCCUUUACGCCCUAAUAUCAGUAUGUAUAUUCUCCAUACUGUUCUCUAUACAUUAUUUUAAGUGUUGACAAGGAGAAAUUAUUUAAAAAUUAAGAGGCUCUUUAGUUGGUGAUCAUUUCCUUUUUUCUUGUGACCUUAAUGUAUGAUUUGAGUGUGAAAUUGUAAGGAGAAAUGAGAUGCUGGUCAGUCUUAGGGGUUAUAGAGAUGUAAAUAGCAGUUCUUACCUAAAAAUUAGUGACCAUUCCCUUAAUUUGCAUCAGCUUUUUUAACUCUAAAUAAUGAACAGUCCCUUAUUUACAAAAUCAAUUAAAAUAAGAUUUAAUAUUCUGUUAACAAUACUUAUACUAUUAAGGAGUCUGUUCAUCAAAUUCCUUCAUUAUGCCAAAAAUUGAUGUAUUUAGUUGUGUGUCAGGAAUUACUGUCUAGUCGCUACCAGUCUGCUGGCUACCAAUCACACACUGAUCGCUACCAUGAUGAAGUCUGAUCACCACCACUGGGAAUUACCAACAGAAAACAUGGAUGAAACUUAGUACUUAAAAAGCCACAAAGAUUUAUAAAAGAAGAUUUCUGUAUCAUUUAAUUUAGAGUAUAAAAAUUAUCUUGUGCAAUAACAUAAUCAAAUUGAUCAGGCUUUUGUAUCAUUCUCUAGGAUGAAACAGAAGUUGAGAAACAAGAAGAAUUUGAACGAAAGUUCAAUUUUAGAUUUGAAGAACCAGACUCUGAGUUUGUAAGUACAUUUACAUACAUGAUGUAAAAUGCAAUGGACUUUAAGAUACUUCAUACUCAUGGACAAAGUUGAAAGAACAACCCAGCAAGCCAUGAUUGCUAUUAUUCUACAUUUUCUGUCAAUAUAUACCACAUGGGUGGUAUAUACAAACAAAGUGGAGCAGCCUAAGAGACAAAAUGAUGCAUCAACAAUUUAAUUACUGACGAUAUCUUAAAUAUUUCUCACUGUAAUUAAUCCUUGCAGCACAUUGCUCAAAAAAACAAUUGCAGUAUUUCAGAGUUUGCAAUAGGAUCUUUUUGUUUGCCAUUUGUGAUUGAUCAUUUUUAAUCCAUUUGGCAAUGUGUUUAUUUUGGAGAAAUUAGGGAGGACUACGUCAAACCUUCCUUCAAAAGAAUAUUAAUAUUUAUUAAUAUUUUUGUUGCUUUAGAUAAAAACAUAUCCCCGCACAAUUCAAGCAUCUGUACGAAAGACAGAUGACCGUCGCAAGGAGAAGAGAAAAACAAGAGAGACAAGGAAAGAAAAGGUCAGAUACAGUCAAGGUUUUAUUCUCCAUUUUCGGUGUUGACCCCCCCUUGAGCCCUACCUUUACUGACUCUCUACUUUUAAUUUUUAUUUUAAUGCAGGAGAAAGAACAGAAACGUGAGGAAAUCAAGAGAUUGAAAAACCUCAAAAGAAAAGAGAUUAUGGAGAAGCUUGAGAAAUUAAAAGGUCCGUAGAUGCACUGUAAAUUGAGUUUUUCUUGUUAGACUUGGCUUGAAUCUUUAUUUUCUUAUAUGUAUUCCCUGCACAGUUUUAACCACAGAUCCUGUACACUUCUUGACUGUUUAAUAAUAAUGAAUUGUUCUUUUUUGUAGAAAUAACUGGAAACCCUAAUGUGGGUUUUAAAGAGGAAGAUAUAGAAGGUGACUUUGAUCCCAAGAAAUAUGAUGAGGCUAUGCAGGUGAUUUUGAAUUGUCCUAAUGGGAAAUUUAUAGAGUGCAAUCUCUUGCUCCAAACACAAAGAGAUAUACAUGUAAUGAUAUUGAAUAAUGUAAACAUUCUUUGGAAUCUCUGUUGAUGGCCAAGAUUACAUUAGUGAAUAACACAUCAAUCAUGUUUAACGCCAUCAAAAUUCAAAUGUGGAGCUUGCCAAAAGAAUUGUAAUUAAUACCUUUGGGUCAAGAGCAGCAAUCUUCUGUGUAAGUGUAAAUGCCAUUAAUUGUUUUAAAAUAUUGGUUACAUUGUAUUUUGUCACAGAGAGCAUUCAAUGCUGAGUUUUAUGAAGAAGAUGAAAAUGAAAAACCUGUGUUUGAAGAUGAUUUGGAUGAUAUUGGUUAGUUUGAUUUGUACCAAGUUAAGAUAUACUGUUCUCUUCCUGAUCUAGUCAGCUUUAUCUUCGCUGUAUCUUGAUGUGCAUGUAAAACAAUCCCACCCAUAGUAACAUUUUCCUUUCUAUGCUGACAGGUUUAACCCUUAACCCUUUAGCCUAAAGAUCUAAUUGUUAAUUCUCCCCUCUAGCAGCUAGCUAAACAUUUCCUUAUACAUUAGUGACAAGAAUUUGGUAUUAAAUCAAGAUAACAACUUCUACUUGAUAAGUUUAAGUAUUCUUGUUACCUGUUUGCUGAAAAGUGUAUGUAUAUCAUAGGGAAAAGUUACAUGUUAAUCAAUUCUAGGAGUUACAGGGUAAACUUGAGGUGAACAAUGAAGAUGACAAGUCUUGUUGGUAUGAUCAUAAACUGAUUUAAUCAAAUGUUACAGAGCUCUUGUGUAACAGUUAGGGAACAUAAGAUUUUCUUAUUUUAAAGCAGAUGCACAUGAAGCUCUUUUUUUUCCCUCUGGCAGAAAACUGGGAUGAGUGGGAAGGCGAUUAUGAUGAAAAUGUGGAUGAUGAACACCAAGAAGAUGGAACGUUUGGUAAAUAUUAAGGAUUGAUGCUCUGUCUUGUCUUCUGUUAUUCAGUGUCAAAUUUUUCAUUGCCAACAUUUUACCUUGGUUGGCCUCAGCCACUUAACCCUCUAACUCCCAAGAUUUCAUUAGUAAUUCUCCUUACUGUCUGCCAUAAAAUUUAUGUGAUGUUAGUUUGGAGAAUUUGGAAUUGGAUCAACCAGUAAUCCCCUGAUCAAUAUUUUCUUUAUUCUCAUUACUUGUCUGCUUGAUAUCAUACUGGUAGUGUAAAGAGAAAUUCUGUCUUGGUCACCAGUGGGACUUAAAGGGUUAAGAAAUCAAAGUAGGCUCAUGUAGUAAAUUAAAUAAUUAUGACAUUCUUUUAACUAUUUCAGAACCUCACAGUGAAGAUCCAAACUUUAAUGUAAGUUUUACUCACGUUGAUCAGUGAAUUUCCUGAAAAGUAGUCUUUUAUUAGAAUAUGUAGAGACCCACUGGACACCAUAGAUACUUAGUCACAAGAUUCUCAUCAUUUUUUGUUUAAAAUGAUGUUAGGUGUGGAUAAGGUGAUUGUUUUUAUGUCCCUUGUACACCUGAGCAUUGAUGAAGUUUCCUAACUAACCAAACUCACUAUGUACAGUUUGCAUUACUUUUUUCUAAUUUUCAAGAAUGUUUCUUCUUUAGAUGGAUGCUGAUUACGAAGAAAAUGGAAAUGAUCCAAAUGAGUUUAGUGGAAGGAAAAGGAAGGGAAGAUCGAGAUUUGGUCAUGUUAUAGCACGGAAAAAACCAGUAUUUAAUCCAGGUGUGUUGAUCUGUAGAGAAUAUCAGUUAUGCUGUUUGGUAUACUUCAAGUAUCAAGAUCUGUUUUAGCUACUUUAUGUGUCCUUUUAAUUAAGAAGAGGAAUUUGUUUAGAAUCUAGAUCAUUCCCUGUAAUUUAUAGAUUUCUUUCUCCUCAUUUCCUGUUUGAUGGAUAACAUACUCCAAUUGUUAGAAUAAGUUAUUGGCUCAGUACUUCUGCAUGGUAAAGAGUUGGUGUGCAGAGAGAGUUAUUAUCCGUUAGGUUUCUGUAUUUCUCUAACCCUUCACUCCCAAGAUCUCAUUAGUAAUUCUCCUUACUGUCUGUCAUGCAAUUCUCAUGAUGUUAGUUUGGAGAAUUUGGUAUUGGAUCAACUUAUAAUCCUCUAAUUGAUAUUUUUCUUAAUUCUUGUCACAUGUCUGCUGGAUCUUGUAUGGAUAUUGUAAGGAGAAAUUCUAUCUUGGUCACUCAUGGGUGUUAAAGGGUUAACUUACAAUUUCUUUGUUUGUUUGUUUUUAUCUUAGACGAGAAAACAUUUGAGGAAUAUUUUGACGAAUAUUACAAACUGGAUUAUGAGGAUAUUAUAGGAGACAUGCCUUGUCGAUUUAAGUACCGACAGGUUGUACCUAAUGACUUCGGGCUCACAACAGAAGAGGUAUGAGCAAGAUUUGUGGUAACAAUGGUUAUCCCAACCUUAGGACGCAUUGCGAUAGACCAAAAUAAAAAUAAACAAAGGAGCUAAUGAAAAGUCCAGAAAAGAACGAGCAAACUGAUUGAAGCGCGGGAAAACACGAGCGACCAAGUUAACGCUCUACUUAGUAUCCCCCCUGUAUGAAGCCCUCUUCUCUUAUAGUCCCUUUCCCCCCCCCUCCGCCUGGAAGUUGAAGUCUUUUAAAAGACCUCCCUCUCUCCCCUCUCUCUCCUUCCUCCCUCGCUGGCUCAACUUUCGCCAUUUGAGAACUGGAACAAUUUAUAAGAAAAUUAUACUGCUAUCUCGAGUGUUGUAUGUUGCUUUCGUUUCAUGAGAGUAAUCUUCAUUUUCCUCUCUUCAGAUUUUAUCCUGCCCAGACAGAGAGCUAAACCAGUGGGUCUCUGUAAAAAAGAUGUCCCAAUACAGGUAAAAAAAUCUGUAUUCUGUUACAUUUCGUGAUAAUUAAAUCGAGGCACGUUCUUUCCCACUUCUGCGGCUUAGAUCACCCGUUGUAAGCAUUUCCGAUCAUAUAGAACGUGAUUAAGUUUGAAUUUGCCAAUUUUCGUUUAUUUGAAGACCGAACGCAAAACUUUCUUCUUUCCUAUCCCAUUUCUGAACAGGACGGUUUUUCGAAAAGGUAAUCUCGAGGUAAAAUAAAAUGCUCUUUGAUUUUUUUAUAUCACAGACCUGAAAAUGAAGAGCACUAUGAAGUUAAAAAGUUUCGCAAGCGGGGGAGAGAUCUGCAAAAGAAGAAAAGGAUUCUUACCUCACUGGCUGAGAACGAAAGGUGUGUUGUACAUGCAGAUUUGAAUUGCGGCUGUGGCGACAUUGUCACGAAAAGGGUCCGUCUUAUAACAAGCAAAGUCGUUAAAAUAUUUUGUGAAUGAGGGCUGUACACGUAUAUGAUGCCUGCCGUCAGACAUCAUGUGGUGAGUUCAUUAGUCUUUUUUUACUUAUUAUGUUAUUAAUUAUUUGUUUUAUAUUUCAGAUCUGACGAAGUUAACGUCAAAAAGAAAAAGUUAUCUGACCAAAGUUUACCGAAAAAGAGUAAAACGCUGGAACACAAUGUUGAUACAAAUGGAGCACAAAAUGAACAAACUGAUAUCAGAAAGAGAACGAAAAAAUCUUCUGAUAAAAUAGACACGACCAAUGAGAAGAAAAGCGAAGACUUACCAGGAGAAGAAGUUUCACUGGCUACAGAAGGUGAAAGCAAUGGAAAGAAUGAAGGGGAAUCAAAGAAGCCGAAAAAACAAAAGACGAGAAAUCCAAAGAGACGAAGGAUGACGUUUGAGGAGUUGAAAGAACUUGCGGUCAAAAAGCGGCUGCGCAGACAAUUUAAAGGCGCAAAGCAAGAAAAACUGAGUAAUUUAUCAGCUUCGCGACUGGCCUCCUAUGGACUUACAAGGAAGAAAAAGAAGAAAUAGCAGUUUUUUUGUGAUCACCAGCGCAACUGGUUGUGUUCCUAAAACUGAGAUCUGUUUACCUGCCGCUCAGUUUUCCUUGAUUGACACGACUUAGCUCUCUCUCCCCUCCCUUCUCUUCACUCGGUACAGUAGAUCACAAUAUAAUAAGAGGGGGGGGGAGGUUGCAUCCUACAACUUUAUCUACUCAUUCCCGUGUUCAAAGUAAUCCGCUGACCAAACACGUGCAGUUUAAGAGAGAGGUUCCGAAAG